UCACAUAUACAUAUUUGGUGAAUUUAAAUACCAUAUUUGUUUUUAGUAUACAUGCAAAGUAUAUGGUAUACGCCAUUAACGAUUUUGAUAUACAUGCAUAUCCUAUAAUCUUCCGUUUGCAUAUAAAUAGAGAGCUUAAGACUCCGUACAUUCAAAGUGACAAUUCAGGUGACUAGUGAUAUUAACACAUUUUUCGUUCUUAAAUACUUAUAUCAUGAGGAGCUCCAACAUCUUCCUUCUCUUCUUAUUGACAUUUCUCAUCGUCGACGGUGGACAUGGAGUGGCAAUGGCGACUAGUAACAUUGAAGGCAGUGGAUUUUGUCAGAUAGGAACGGCACAAGCAGUCCCUAUCUGCAGCCCAGAAACCUGCAACGUCGCCUGCAAGUUGAAGUAUGGGAAUGGGGAGACAACCAUAGGUUUCUGUGGAAGUGACCAAACGUGUAAUUGUUUUAGGCCAUGUUAAGAAAUAAUGGGUGUUUCGUGAGUGGGUUGGGUGGUUUUCGAGAUAAAAUUCUACGCUUUUAUAAUUUUGUUGGGUGAUGAAAAAUGAUUUGCACCUAUAUAUUCGUAAAAUUAUGGGUGGGUUGCGCGGAUAACAGUGAACCGUACCUGGAUUGGUUUGCAAGUUAGCUAUUAUUAAUUUGGACGUGUGUUGUUACAUCAUCCAACUACAAUUGAUUCAGCAAACACAUUGGAAGAGGACUAUAUCCAGCAAUAUAACACUCCCGUUUCCACCUUGUCUUCGUAUGAGUCAUAAUAUGAGCAACUUCAUUUUCAUUUCUCGUAACAUGAAUUCUGCGUUUGUGUUUAUACCUAAAAAUAAUUUAGUCUUAGAUAUCGCCGGCGUCGCGAGAUUAACGACGUCGGUGAUAAACAAUUUCAGCGGUGUUGAUACCUACAAUUAUUUUAGAUUGAAUUAAAUGUCGCAUUAGUGAGUCUCGACAUUUAAUUCGAUGCCGCAUGAUAAAGAACGGUGCCAUUUGGAGUCAAGCAACGUCGCAGGGAGGGAAAACGGUAUCGCAAGGAAGCUCAGCGGUACCGCGACACUGGAAACAACACUGUUUACCGGAAAACAAGAUGUGAGCCGCGCGAUUAGUGUUGGUGUUGGAAAAGGGGUUAUUUAUUUAUUUAUUCCUUGUCGGAAGGGGAGAAGCGAUACCGCGUGGAGACAAGCGGCAUCGCGGAGAAUUAAAACGGUACCGCGGAUUUGAAAACGAUACGACGAGGGGCCUUGGUAAGCUAUGUCGUUUAGUUAAAAACUAUACCACAACGGAUUGGAUUUUGGCGAGGGCGGCCCGGCAAGCCCAACUACACCGAAGACGAGAAAAGCAGUACUGUUUGGUAGAGAACAAUAUCGCGGAAUGAAAAACGACAUUGUUUGAUGGGACUGGGACGAAGCAGUUCAAGGUCGGCAUCGAUUAGUGAAAAGCGAUGCCGCGAAAAGAUUAAACGGCGCCGAGGGAUGAGAAUUUGACCGCGUGACAAUAAUGAGCCGAUUUAAUUAAUUAAUCUUUUUAAUAAUUAUUUUAGACGGUGUUGUUUAGAUAAAAACGACGCCGCGGGAGGUAUCAACGACACCGCGGUGUCAUAAACGAUAUCGUUUGAUUAAAAUGAUAUCGCAGUGGUUAAGAGCUCGGCCAAGGGUGGCCCUCUAAGUCCAACGCCACUGUUAUCCCAAAGCAACAUCGUCAUUGUAGCUUUGUUCCACGUGAGAUUCACGCAGAAUAAAAAUCGAGGCGGUUGAGACACGUGGGAGUUCACGACGGAGCAGUUGAGGAAGCGGUUCCACCGAGCGUGAAGACUACGAAGCGGUUUUUUCGAAGAAAAGCAGUGGAGCAAGGAGAGAGAAAGGACAACCAAAUCAACACAGAAACACAUCUGUCAAACUUUGCCUUUCUUCUUUGUAAUUCCCUUGUAGAGCUCUCCUUCUAGGAAGGAUCUCCAUAGUCGUAGCAGUAGUCAUAGUCGCGGAGCUCUCCACAUGAAUCUCCAUAGGAGUAGUUUUAACGUAGAUUCCCCCCCAAAAACUCAAAUACCCUCGUUCGAACAUUGUUUGGAGAGGUGUGAACCGAGUCACGAUCGUUCUUGGUUAGAAGUCAAAGGUGCAUCGAUCAGAUCAACAUCGCCAGGCGGUGGAUAUUUGACGGUCAUGUUGAUUUCAGCAUUCAGAGGUGCAUCGAUCAAAUCAACAUCCCCCGACGCCCAGCGGUGGAUAUUUGACGGUCACGUUGAUUUCAACAGUCAGUGGUGCGUCCGAUCAAACGACACCGCAAAAUUUUCUGUCGCGAAACAUCAAAUCAACAUCGCCGGAAACAAAUUCAGCACUGGCGGUGGUAUUUGGUUUUCCCGAGGAAAGAAAUUUUGGUGCGGUGA